UUUUUGGUGUGACCUCUGACCUCUGAGGCUGCGUUCAGAGGUUUGGAGGUAGAAUCAGAGAGAAGAACCUCUUCAGACAGUAGCUGGGACUUACUGGACUUACUGAAGGACACUAUAGGACAUUCAGCCCAGGGUGUGAAGAUCGCCAGCAGCCAAAAUGUCUGAGGUAAAGAAAAUGACGUCCAGCCGCAGGCAUCACCUUAAGAGUUUGAUGCUGCAGAUCGCUGCCGACUGGAUCGAGCAGGAGAAGAAGGAAGUUGAGUUGGCGAAGGAGGCCUACAUGGCCGAGAACUGCCCCAGCCCUGACCUCAGCGGAGACCAGGCAGCACUCAUGGAAAUUUGCAAGAAGCUCCAACAGGCCAUUGACAAGAUCGAUGAGGCGAGGUACGAUACUGAGGCCAAAGUUCAGAAGGCCGACACGGAGAUUGACGAUCUGAAGCUGAAGGUGGUUGAGCUGGCCGGAGUAAAGAAACCCGCCCUGAAGAAGGUUCGUAUGUCUGCUGACGCCAUGCUGCAGGCUCUGCUGGGAGGAAAACACAAAGUGAACAUGGACCUGAGGGCCAACCUGAAGCAGGUCAAGAAGGAGGUCAAAGAGGAGCCAACAGAGGCGGUCGGCGACUGGCGUAAAAACAUCGAGGAUAAAGCCGACAGGAAGAAGAUGUUCGAGACUUCCUAAAACAGUCCUGGAGUGGCAAAGACGUCAGGGGAGAGUCGUUUUUCGUCUGAGGUCUGAGUGACUGAAUUUCUCUGAGUUCCAACAGGACACACAGAGACAAGAGUUUAGACACUUUUUCUUUUUUUUCUUUUUGUGAUACCGUCCCCCCUCAAUAGAGACUGAACUAAACCAAAGUAACAGUUAAAUCACCUGACAGAAACAUUAGUUUUAAAAUGUACACGUUUUCAUGGAGUCAUCAGAAAUAAAUGUUUUGAAAUAAGAAAUAAUUUGUUUGCUACUUUUAUCCACGUUUUAUCAUUCUUCACUUUGUUUUUCCCAAAUCACACUCCAUCAAAGUAGAAUCCCGCGUGCAGCAGCCAUUAGUGGGUUACACCACUGACUUUGGUACAGAAGGCCAGGGUUCAAUUCCAGGUCAUCCCAGUGAAGGCUCUCCUACUUGACUUGUUGAUUGUAAGUCGCUUUGGACAAAAGCAACAACAAAACAAUUGUAAUGUAGAACCACACACUGAGAUCUCAAUCGUCAUGUAACAAGUUUUUUCAUCUGCAUAAGGACAGUUUGAGAGAUUUCUCUACCUCAAACAAACUAAUUUACCAGUCAGUGAAAUUCUACUUCAAAACUAAAAAUGUAUUUAGAGAAAUGUCGAUACUACAAAAUAAAAAUCUGCUAUUCAUCAUAUCUCAAUAUUAAAACUGAGCCCCAAAAGUCCUGUUCUUGUGCAACAAAUUAAAAAAUCGGUUACAAUAUUCUAAGUGGUUUUCCAAUAUUUAAUUAAAGUCUGUGUGCUAAAGGAAGGUACAACAUUUUGGCAAGAUUUUUGUAUUUGUGUACUUUUUUCAGAAAGUAGGAGGAUGCAUCUCACUUUCAUGUCUACAUUUAAAGCGCAGAGCUGGAGCCAUGAAGUGGUUAGCUUAGCUUAGCAUGAAGGUCGGAUGCAGAGGGAAACAGCUAGCCUGGAUCUGUCCACGAACACACAAAUAUGAAAUCGAUAUCCAUCCAAGCAUCUUGCUUUCUUUUUCCCAAAACGUUGAUCUAAGAAAUACAGCAAAAAAACAGAAAGAAAAAAAACUUUUCCUACUAUUUUUAAAACAACUUUGCUGUGUUUGUCUAACGACAUGAUAAGAUGAAGAACCUAGUGAGAACCUGUUUAAUGGAAACCACAUGUCAAACUCAAGAACACAGAGCUUUAUAUAUUGUCCAGAAGUCUUCAUGCAUUUAAAACAGAUUAAAUUAAGAAGAAGAAUUCCAUUUGAUGUGGCAGUGCAGUGGUUAAAAAUAUUUGUGUUGACGUUGAAGAUACUGCUUCAAAAAUCAACAUAAAAACUAAACUUAAAUCACAAUUUAAUGGGGAAUUCAGUUUGAAAGGCAGAUUAUCGAGCUGUUGAAGGAAUGGUCUUAUAUCCAGUAAAUCUUGAAGCCUUCAGAUCAGUCUUUUCACAGGGAGGGUGAUUAGCAGAGCAGGGCUGGGCCGGGUGUAUUUCAGGAGCUCAUCGGCCCAUUGGUCUGGCCAGGAAUCCAUUCCCAUAAAGAGGAACUGGGCAAUUUGCUGAGGCAUCGCAAACCACCAUAUAUACCCUAUUUCAUUUUUCACUGUCUGUGGCUUUGGCAGUGUCUCCUUUUCUUCCACCAAGUGUGUCUUGUCCUCUUCUUCCUCCUCUCAAUAGCUUGUGAACUGAAAAAAACACCAAGAUGUCUGAG